AUGAAGAGCUUGAGAUGGACCAGCAAAAGUAGGAAGUCGUCGACGUCCGCGGCCGACAGCCGACACACAGAACAUCACAAAAAUAGCACGGAUAAUAAUCCAACCAACUUCGACAGCAGCGAGACACACGAGGACGAUCCAAACCCUCCACAUUCUCAAAUUUCGAUUGCAAAGCGCCCCACCAUUUUCAACAAGCAUUUGACCUCCCCUCCGUCCGUAUAUCUGUCAGAGAAUAAUAUCAAGUCAAACCGAAGCUUGUCUUCUGGUAAAGAGCCCGCCACCACAAGUGAUCCCAACGAACGAGGCGAUACAGGCCAUGAAGAUUCAAUUAUGGAUGAUGAUCGCUCUACAAUGGUUUCACAGGCGCGUUCUGAGCAACCAGGACAGCCCUCUGAACCACUGGGACCAACUACAAACUUCAACAGCGAAAACUAUGACAACUACACUUUUAAAAUCGGCUGGGUCAAUAAGGCUGGUGCGGGCCAAGCGAUGAGCAACCGCGAUAGUAGGCUCUAUAUUAACGGAAACACGUCGAUGGAAUCCCAGUCUCACGGGAAAAAAGCUAUGAAUUAUAGAAUCCACAGAGCAACCCUACGAGGGACCGUGCUGAGCCUCUACAAAAGCGGGAUAUCCAACGUCAAAUUCUUUAAUCCAAAUUUACCGCCACCUGCGCAUUUGGCUGAACAACAGUCACGCGGCGGAGAUUCAUACCAGACAAAUAGUUCCGAGCACAACCACCAUAACGCCAGUGACGAUCAGUCAACUUUGGUGGAAAGACAACGGAGGGACUUGGCUUACUUGAGCUCGGAGUUUCCGCAUCCAGACUUGAAGUGUGACAGCGAUGGGCGCUUGAUCUCCGGAUCUAACGAAAGUAUAUGUCAUAUGAUUUUAUUUUGUCCGCCAUUCGAUGAUACUGACACCAAACGAAUUAUUGACAUCCUUCUGAUUUUACCGCUGAUAGAUAAAUUUGGAGCAUUUUUGAAUAUCUUUCAAAUCUUCGGUGUUACAUUUACCAAGCAUCGCUCCAAGUUAGUCAACUCCGCAAGACAACAUCACCAAAUAUCCGCAAAAGUUGACUUUUUAAUGACAGAAAGAUUGGCAAUGGUUGUGAAAGCUGUCUUGGAUGUGUUUUCUGGCUUUCUUCUUAAUGACAAGCUAUUUUCUCAGAUUGUGGAUUUAGUAGAUGUCAUAUCUCUGCAUGACGAUGAGAUCUCGACAAAUUUAAAGAUGGCCAUAGUUGAGAGGCAAAAUAAGUUAAACGCUUUAUGUGCGUUUACUAAGCAAAAGGUAACUUCAGUGGAUGUUCAGUCGCUAACCAGUAGGGACUAUUUCCUGAAAAUGGACUUAGACGAUUUUGCUAUCGGCGUUCAUCAAAUUAACUUGAAAUUUAUGGCACAAUGGAGCCCUCAAGUGGAUUACUCGUUACUCUACGAAUCAAAUUUUAUUGACACCCAUAUCAAUCUCAAUCCCAUGAUCUUCAGAAAUUCCGAAAACGUUCAUUUUCUGGGUAGACUACUGGUCACACAUUUAUUUAGUGAUCAAUCGAAUUCUUCGCAAGAACAAACCGCCGAUGUGUUGAGCGCCUGGGUGAAAUUAGGUUGCAAAUUUGAGAAAAUAGGUGAUAUGGUCUCUUGGUUGGCCAUUGCCACUGUGGUUUGCUCAAUUCCCGUACUGCGAUUAAUUUCAACUUGGGAACUAGUCUCAGAGCAAACUCUUAAAAUCAUAUUCAAAGACUGGGUCCCCACUAUAGUUCAACUAGACAGACGACAAAUCUCCUCAAAAUCUGCUAACAGUGUUUUCAUACUGGCUCCUCCAAACCUCAACGAAGCUUAUAUUAGGGAAAAUGUAAUCCCAUUUUUUGGAGACCUAUCGAUAAGCGCCAAUGACCUCCCUACGGAUACAAAGUUUAAGUAUCUUGAAAAGAAAAUUCACAGAACCAAAAAUGCAUUUUUCAAAUGGCAGCAGCGUAUUGAUCAAGCCAGAAAGGAUGACGCAGGAGGCCAGAAAUUUCAAAUCGAUCAAGAACCUUGCCACAGCACUAACAUUAUUUAUCGCUAUUGGCAGUUUCAUUUACAGCAAACGCCGAUGAAUAUUGAAAGCAUCAUGAAGUUGAGUUUAGAGUUGCAGCCACCGGUCGUAAGCCAACAGGAUUACUCCGCUACCAGCUCCAGAAGAAGUGCACUAUUGACAGGAAGUUAUCUUCCAAUGCUUUUUAAUGAAUUGUUACCCAGUUAUUCGCUAUUUCCACGGGAUUAUUUGAUUGGUGCAGCUGGAGUCACAGCUGAUAGUGGCGAGUAUCCCAAAAGGGGUGUCAACAUUCGAAAAAUCAGUGGACCACAAAUCCCUGGUCAUGAGCACGACUCAAGUGGGAUAACAGGCGUUGAAAGGCUCGAUGAACCUGUCGUCAAGGAAAUUUCCUCAAAAACUUCUAACAAACAAAAGCUGCUCAAACUAAUAAGGGACGCUUUUAAUAUUGAUAUGGACAUGUUCCACAUUUCGGAUGGAAUCAUCUUCAAAUCAGCAAAUGAAAUAGAGGGACGAUCGAGGCCAGCAAGCGUCGUGAUUGAGACUCCAAAACGUCUCUCCCAGCACUCGUCAUUUAAUGCCAUGAGAGAUUCUCAGGAUAUAACCCGCUUGGGUGCCGCAAUAGAAUCGCUUGAUAUCUUCAGCUCCAUCGGUAGGUCUUCUGGCUCCAUAAACGAGUGUCAAAUUCAGGUGGUUUUGAAAUCUGCCACCCUUGACAAACUUUUUGACGUUCUUGUCUUGACCACUAGCGUGUUCUCAAAAGUUAUAGACACCGGUGAUUUGGAAAAGUAUUUGUCGCAUGAGAGAAAACGCAGAAGCGUGCGUGACCAAACUCCUGACAGUGGGUCCGUAGGGCCCCUUGAUUAUGCUUUCGUAAGACUACUGAUGGACAACGAUGUUUUCACUGAGACCUUUUUCAAUACCUAUAAGAGCUUCACAACCACCACAGUUGUACUGGAGAAUCUGGCCAAACGUUUCAUAGGAGCUAUGAGCGGUGCCGUUUCGAUUUCUCGUGUCAUGACGAAUGACAAGCAGAAGUACGGCGGGACGUCCAAUUCAAACAGGUUUUCGGGUUUUGUGGAUGUCACUAGUAACAACAGCAGAUUCCCAGCCUGGGAUCUUAAGGUUAAUGAUACUGAUGAGAUCAAUUUAGGGUAUGUGGCCAAAAUUCAAGUAGGUGCAAUGGAAGCCUUACUCCAUCUAGUGAGUUUGCACUAUGCUGACUUUACCGAUUCUCUUGCGAAUAACGGUACGUUUCUUGACAUUUUAAAAAUCAUGGACCAAGAAGUAAAUGAGGAAUGGAAGAGAAGAAUAGAAGUUUUAGGACGAACAAAACACGUUCAGUUGGACUCCAAGGAUGAAAUCAAUGAAUUAGAGAAUUUGCAUACAACUUUAAAGACUUUGUUCAAAAGAUUGAAGUCCAUGUACCAGAAGCAGCUUUACAGGCCGCUAGGGGUCAGCAAGGCUCAGAGAAUGACACAAUUACUUCUCAAAAAAUCUAAAGCAGUCUCUCUUCGCGACAUGAGCGACCAACUGAAGGACGACUUUGGAAGUGGCCUUCACAACACCUUCAAUACCUUGCAUUGCGAUAACUACACCGAACUGUCCAACUGGAUCUAUGAACUUGAUAAUAUCGUGAGUAAUAGGAUGUCUCUCAUCACUAACCAAGAUUGGGUCGAUACUUCUCAACUUUUGGAUUUGUUUUCCAAUGAGUCUCUAACCUCGUUAUAUCGGUAUCCACUGCAUUCAAUAUCCCAAAAUAUUGUUCUGUCCGGUGGGUCUCGGCUGGAUGAUCUUGAAAUUAUUAACGUCUUUAGCUGGCUAAGAACGCUUUCCGGAGAUAAUGGGGGCUCUAUCUUUGAUAAGCUUCCACCAUCCAUUAAGCUCAUGGUCAAGCUCCAUGAAUCGCUCACGAACUUUUUUAUUUUGCAUAUUGGACAUUCUCAUCAUACUGCUGAGAGCAGAGUAGAUGUCUGCGCAAUCGUUUUACAACUUCUGGCUCUAACGCGCCUGAAAAACACCUCAAUUGAUCUGUUCCAUGAUAGCGAAAAAGAAAAAUCCAUUUCUUCCAUUUCACCUCAUGUUCCGUCAUUUUUAGAAAGCUGCCUUUGCAACGCCGUUGUAGCACCUGAUUCAAGAUACUUUGAGAUGCACUGGAAAAACGCCUAUACAAAACUGCUUGGUUCAGACGCUACUGACGUUAGGGAUUUCUCAACUAUGCUGGCCGAAAUAACAAAACAAGCUGAAAAGUUUGCUGACUUAGAUCAAUCCCAGCUGUAUAAAACAAAAAAUCUUGCACCAUGCCCCGGUUGGCUAAUAACAAGAUUGUUAGAAAUCUCCCAAUUCGUUCCCAACAUGAGUAUAGAAAACUCGAAAAUGAUUAACUUUGACAAGAGAAGAUUUGUCAACAAUGUCAUUAUCAAUUAUAGGGAAAUGAUACCACACCCAGCUGGCCAGCACGACGAUUCCAACCCGGGACUAACAAAUGACUUUAUUGCAUCUGUUGAAAUCGUUGAUGCUGGAAAAGCUUUUAGAAAGCUUGCGAAAGAAACUGCUGCUGCAGAGGCCCGGAAAUGUAGAUACCAGGCCACGGGUUUGUUCAAUCACUUGAUUGCGGCCGAAGUAGACAAAGUAAAGCGCGACCAUAAGAAAAUGAUGCAACUUACAGUACAAGAUAAUGACUCCAAAAGGAAGAAACUUCUGGAACAAGCUGUCAGACAAAGAAACAGAUUGAGUUCGGCGUCAUCAGUACAUGAUCUAAAUAGCCACUUGGCUUAUAGGGGCUCCUCCGUCGACUCUGACUCUGCUACAAAAAGAACAUCAUAUGCUGCUAACUCGUCAUCCAGGGCCUCUAUGAUAUCUAAUGCAACUCAGAGCAAUGGAUCCAUGGGCAGGAAGCUGGGUGGUUUUUUCAAGAGACCAUUUUCAAUAGGAGGAUUUUCGACUUCGUCCUCGGCACAUGGGCUCAAUGCGAUUCUUUUAAAUGGGGCCCAGUCCAAUGGCUCGAUCUCACCCUACGAGCUCCCAGAUAUUAACUCUAGUGUAUUCAAGGAUACUAAACCUCUCUACUCGAUUCGGACUUUCGAAAUCAAAUCCUGCAUCCCCGUUAAUGGCGUUAAUAAGCUCCCCGAAACUGACUACAGCUUCAAAAUUGUUACGGAAAGUGGGUUGGAACACAUCAUCCAAGCUACAGACUAUAGUGACAUGAAGGACUGGUUGAGGGUAAUCAAUCUUUCUAAGAGAUAUUCGUUUCACUCUCAGAAAUAUAAGGGCAAAACGUCAAACAAAAUAUUUGGAGUCCCGAUCGAGGAUGUCUGUGAACGGGAAGGCAGCAUAAUCCCCAAUAUUGUCGUCAAACUUUUGGAAGAAAUAGAGCUUCGUGGUCUGGAUGAGAUGGGCCUUUACCGAGUCCCUGGAUCGGUAGGAAGUAUCAACGCAUUAAAAAAUGCAUUUGACGAGGAGGGCGCUGUUAGUAACACUUUUACCCUUGAAGAUGAUAGAUGGUUUGAGAUUAAUACAAUUGCUGGCUGCUUCAAGUUGUAUCUUAGAGCGCUGCCCGACUCGUUAUUCACUAAGGAGAAGCUACCGACUUUCGUGAGUUUAGCCUUGAGCUACAAGUCCCUUGAGAUUGACUGGGUAGAGUUUACGUCUAAAGUAAGAGACGCACUGAGGAGCUUGCCUUUGUGCAAUUUCCAUAUGAUGAAAAGAACCUUUGAGCAUUUGAAUCGUGUCGACCAGCACGUGGAAAACAAUCGGAUGGAUGCCAUCAAUCUUGCCAUUGUAUUUUCCAUGAGUUUUAUCGACCAAGACAAUCUAGCAUCGAGUAUGGGACCGACCUUAGGAGCGCUGCAAACAAUCUUGCAGCUGUUUAUUCGCAAGCCAGACGAUUUUUUCUAG